CAACCUUGCAUUGGGCUUGUUCGCCAUUUGUGCUCACUUCAGCUUAGUAUAUUUUAUUCAAGUCAUUUUCGGGCCACCCAUGUGCAUUUAAAAUUGUGUUUCCCCAUCGAAUAGGCUCCAAUUCAGAAUGCUAAUCAAAGAAUUCCGUGUCACCUUGCCGCUCACCGUGGAGGAGUAUCAAGUUGCACAGCUCUUCUCUGUGGCGGAGGCGUCAAAAAAUGAGACUGGCGGUGGCGAAGGGAUUGAAGUGCUCAAGAAUGAACCCUUCACGGAUCAUCCUCUGCUUGGUGGACGAUACAGCUCUGGACAGUAUACGUAUAAAAUCUACCAUUUAGCUUCAAAAGUGCCAGCCUUCAUUCGACUACUGGCACCCAAGGGUUCCCUGGAGAUCCAUGAGGAGGCAUGGAAUGCCUACCCAUACUGCCGGACAGUUAUUACCAAUCCCAAAUUUAUGAAGAAGGACUUUGAAAUUUUGAUUGAAUCCUUUCAUUUGCCCGGCGUAGAUCCCAAUGAUAAUGUCCAUGAAUUGCCACCGGAGAAGCUGAAAACACGCGAUGUCGUUCACAUUGACAUUGCAAAUGAUCCCGUGUCCUCAGCAGACUACAAGCCCUCCGAGGAUCCCACAAAGUUCAAGUCGGAGAAGACUGGACGUGGACCCCUUGUGGGUCCAGAUUGGAUGAAGAAGGUGGAUCCUGUGAUGACGUGCUACAAGCUGGUUACGUGCGAAUUCAAGUGGUUCGGACUCCAAUCGAGGAUAGAGAAUUUCAUCCAAAAGUCCGAACGACGACUCUUCACUACGUUCCAUCGACAAGUUUUCUGCUGGAUGGACCGUUGGCACGGGCUAACGAUGGAGGAUAUCCGUGCAAUUGAGGAUAAAACCAAAGAGGAAUUGGACAAGCAACGUCACGUUGGUGAGGUGCGAGGUAUGAAGGCAGAAACGGACUAAAUGAUUCUUCUUUCACUGGAUGUGGGAAAGAAAAGGAAGUUGAUGAUGACGAGAUGUACAGGAGGCAGAUAAGAUAAAAAAAGAAAACAAUUUCCAAAUUUCAACACUACGGGGUAAGCAAAAGGAAGCAUGGCAAAGAGAAGGAGAUGCUGGAUGAAGAAUGUGAAGAAGGAGAUAUUAUAGAGAAAUUUUGCUGCAAACGAUAUAAAAGUAAAAUUGAGAGAAGAAAUUAAGAAAAAAAUUGUAUUAACAUUUAACACAAAAAAGAUAAAGAAGUGGAAAAAAAUGAAAUGAAACUAUAAUUGUUAAUUAGUUCUACAGGCUGAUAGAUGAAUAUACAUUUUAACUACAUAUAUAUUGAGGUGUCUUGAUAAACAAGAUGUUUCAGUGACAACAAUAUAUUCGAGACGGCGCGGUGUUUGGAAGAUGAACAAAAAUGUUUGGAGAAGCUCUACUAAUUCCUCUUUUUUUUUUCCUUUUUACCUUUUAUUCACAUCACCCCGAAAAAAAAACUUCAUUUCCACCCUCAUUUGGGCUCUUGGUUAUUUUUUUAAAAGCAAAAUAAAUAUAGCAGAACGGCACAAAAAAAAGUUUAAACAAGAAAAAAAUAGCCCAGUGUAGUUGGGAAUUAAUUAGUCAGGAGGAAAUUAAAAAUAAAUAAAUUGUAAAUGUAUAGAAUGGCAAUGGAACUCUCAGUGGGGUAAAAAAAAACUUUAUUGAAAUUUCUGGUAUUUAGCAAUUUGAGAGACAACAAAAAAACAUGCGUCAAGGUAGAUGGCUAAAAAUGUAAUUAAAAAAAAAGUAUAUUAAAAGAAAAUAUUGCAUAUAGAGAACAAUAAAUUAGACAUGUGACAGACAUUUUGCUGAAAGCAGGAAGAACGCGUUCAUUUUCAAUGUUCCUUUAUUUUCUUUAGCCCUUGGGCGCGCACGUUAAAGAGGAUGUGGUAUGCAUUAGGCAGUCUUAUUCUUAGGUUUCCUUGCCACACUCAGAAGGGGAGAGGGAGGAUGAUUAAAAGAAAAGAAUUCUUUUGAUUAAAAAUUCACAUCAAAUGAAAAGAUUUUUUUCUCUCAAUUAUUUCUGGAUGAAUCUGUUUUCGCUUUGAUUAAAAUUUUACAUUUGAGAAUAUUUUUCGGCCUAUUUGAUAAUGAAAAAAUGGCCUGUAGCCACUGAUGAAGGUCCGAUCAAUUGAUAGGAUUUCAAACAAUAUCUUUAAAACUUCACGAUUACGUUGAAAUGUUUUUUUUGUAGAUUCUUCGUUGAUUGAAUUUUAUAAUCAAAGAAUAAUUUUUUUAUUUUAAAUUCUCUUUCCUUCUUCUGAGUGCAGUCUACCAAAUUAUUAUUUAAAUAAAAAAAAGUAAAUUAACAUUUUGCAGAGAGCCUUCUUUUUCUUCACCAAAAAAACCACCUAAAUGCAUUUCAAAAUAUAUUUAAUAAAUAAUAAAAAAAAUAUUUUAGAAAUGAAAAAAUAAACUCAUCGAAAUCACAAAAGCACAGCUAAUUUCUUUACUAUAUGAAAAAAAGUAAUUUUAACAACAAAGUCCUUCCUCAUAGAAAUAUUAUUAUUAUGUAAACUAUAUUUUUCAUGACCUCUAUAAACAAAAAAAAAACAAACAAACUUCACAAACGGGAUAUUUCAUGCUAAAAAAAGAUAAGAGAAGCAGCAUUAAAGUGACAUAUUUUCCAGUAAUAGAAGUGAAUUAUGUGGAUAUAGCGAUUAAAAAAAAGAAGUUAAAAAAAUAGUAGAACAUUAAAGAAAAGAAAGAAAUUUAGUGAAUAUACAAUGAAUUUUUUCUUCAAAGUGCAACAAACACAAUGAAGAAAAUAAAAGUAAAAUAAAUAAAAAACAACAAAAAAUAGUAGGUGAAAAUAUUCUUGAUUUAAGUCAGUAGCGUUAGUAGGUUCUAAUUAUUUUUAUUGAAGAAAUGAAAAUUUAAAAAAAAAUGAUGUUUAUUUCAAAGAAUGGCGUAUGGAAGUGUGCGAAUGGUUCUUGUUAUAAAUUCUAUACAAUAAUUAAUAAUUAAAAAUGUAUUUUCUUUUUUUUUUAAAUGCUAAAAACAUUCUUUUAGCGGGACAAGAGUUUUAAUUUGAAACGUGGUUUAGGCAACAACAAAAAAUUAAAAAAAAAUUCAAACGAGGAUUUUUUGUCCUCAUCACCUUUAAAAUCUUUUAUCUAAUUCUUUUUCCUUUUGAUUGAGAUGAAGAAUUAAAAGAAAAAACAUUGAAGGAGGAAAAGUUUAAGGGAAUUUUAUCAUAAAUUCCUUAUUCAAUAAGAUUUUUAAUAAUUCCUAUACUUUCUGUCCUUCUUCAUUCAAGAAAAUGUCUAUAAAGGAGAGUGAAGAAAAAAUUGAAAAGAUUAUUAAAAAAAAAUGAAGAGAAAAAUAUUAAACUAAUCAAUUAAAAACUUGUUCAGUAUGUGUAUAAAAACAAAUAAAUUAUUGAAGGUGA